AUGGCGUGGGCGCUCAGUCUGAGCCAGCGAGGCUUCACCCCUGCUCUCAAAGUCACGGUGGAUGGCAAAGAGGUCGCGAGCGGCUUCUACAAUCGGCUGAUCGAUCUCCGCAUUCGGGACGAGGCCGGACAAAAGGCCGAUUCCCUGACUGCCGCGCUGGACGACGCGGGUAACGUAAUCGACUUGCCACGCGAAAAGGCGCGCAUUGAGGUGUGGGGCGGCUAUCUGGAGAACGGCCUGUUCCUGCUUGGCAUCUAUGAGCUCCAGACGAUUUCAAUCCAAGGGAGCGCAGAUGGCGGGGAGCGGAUUGUGCUGCAGGCGUCUGCCGCCGAUCUCAAGCGGAAACUGAAGGGCAAGGGGCGCGAGGCAUUCGAGAACAAGACGCUGGGAGAGAUCGUGGACACGAUUGCCCAGCGGAACGGCAUGGAGGCCCGGGUCUCCGCGGACCUGCGAGAAAUUCAGAUCCCUUAUCGUGCCCGUGUUGAUGCCUCCGAAAUCGAUUUCCUGACGACGCUGGGCGACCAGUACGGCGCUGUGGUGAAGCCCAUGGGCGACAAACUGGUAAUGGCGAAGCUCGGAGAGGCGAAGGCUGCUUCCGGCAAAGACAUUCCGCCAAUCCAGAUUGAGAAAGGCGACUGCGUUCGUUGGAACGUCGACCCGCGCGGCCGGCCUCAAUAUGGCAAGGUCCGGGGAGCCUACAUCGACCAGGACACGGGGAAGCGGGAGAUCACAGACGCCAACACCGGCAUGGAAGGCCCGGACUUCACCAUCCGCGACCCGUUCCCGUCAAAGGAGCAGGCUGAGAAAGGUGCGCUGGCCGAGGCGCGGCGUCUGACCCGGAACACGGGGGAUGGUGAUUUUGAACUGGCCCUCGGCCGUCCAGAGGCACAGGCAGAAGCUGACGUCAUAGCCGGGCCGAGCUUCAGAACGGGCAUCGCCGGAAACUGGCGGGCUGAGGCAGCGGAGCACGUCUUCGACGAUAACGGCUACCGGACCAAGGUGGAGAUCAAGGCCAACGAGGAUGGCUCGUCGGAGAAGAACAAGCAGGCCAGCAAGGGCUCAAAAUGA